CAAUCGGCAGCCAAUGCAAACGGUUAAUGUCGAAUUGUUAGUGAAGUUGUAAUGAAAACAAACCGCGAAAACAGACACAACAAGCAACUGGUGUUAUUAACAAGAAAAUAUAUAAAGUUCGACUCGAAACUUGCUCCGCGGACAGCAGAACAAAAUGUUUUUGUUUGUGAAUUCAGAAAUCGGAAUCUGAAUCGUCGUUAAGUCGCGCCGCUGUGUUACCGCCUUGACCGCCCACCCGGCACCGUCCCCCUUCCAGAGCCCCUUCAGCAACCUAGCCUACCCACUGUCCAACUGUUCAACCGUCCAACGCUGACGCCGACGCCUACGCGCGCGACAAGUGAAGCGCACAGGUAUUUGUGUUUGCAUUGUGUUUGUGUGUUUUCAGUGCCUAGUUCCGUGUAUGUGAUUUUCCUUUUGUUUGCUGCCCAAUGGUUGGUCUUAAUUGAAUGCUAGGUUGCACUCGCUAAAAGUAUUGCGAAAAAGGCAAUUGAAAAACACCAUAUUCGAAAAAAGGUACAAAACCAAUAGCCAUAAACACACACACUUCGAUAAGAAGAGCAGAGCAGAUCAGUGGCGGAGAAGCAGAAACAACGUCAAGAAGCACAUAAAAACCAGUUUUCGAGCAGAAGCAGCAGCGCAGUCGCAGCGGCCCAACUGAGUUUCCAUGGACAGUCACUGGUUUCUAUAAGGAUCUACAUCUACACAGACAACAGAUUUUGAGAACUUUACACAGAGCCCUCGUGAAAUUGCAGAAACAACAAACGAAGCGGAUAAAUAAUUUAUUUUGAGACCCCGACGCAGGAGCUCAAGAGCCUAGCCACGAGAGCUACGAUAGAGGUGUAGGAGCCACACACCAUGAUGCCACCCACCGAAUCGAGGCACAGAGGAUGGCUGGUCCUGGGCGUGCUCCUGGUAGCCAUUGCCCUGGUGGAUGUGGAGGCCCAGAAUUCGCCCAGCUGUGGGCCCAACUUCCCGCCCGCCUGCAGCUGCGGGGAGGAGCUGUACGAGAGCGAGAUGCAGUAUGUCGUGAACUGCACUAAUGCGGGGCUGCGCAACACGAGCGUCCUGGAGUUCAUGCCCGACAAGGUGGAGGUGCUGAUCUUCACAGGCAACCACAUCGCAGAGCUGCCGUGGAACGUGUUUGGCAGCAUCAACGACUACAAGCAGCUGAAGAUCGUGGACAUGAGCAGCAACCACAUUCGGGAGAUACGCGGCAAGAGCUACCACCAUGUGCCGCGCGUCGAGCGCCUGAUCCUCAACCAUAACAACUUGAGCAUCUCCCGGUACGACGACGAGGUCAAUCACCAUCAUCCGCGCGUCUUCUCCAACUUUGUCAACCUGCAGAGCCUCCACUUGACGGACGCCUUCGAGGACAACAGUUCGCCGCAGCUGAGCGAGGACCUGCACGACAUAUUCGUCAACAGCCAGCUGCUGAAGCUGCAGAAACUCCAUCUCGAGCAGAACGAGAUCACGCACUUCAAGGACCGCAACGUCUUCUGCGAUCUGCCCUCGCUCAGGGACCUGCAUCUGGGCGACAACCAGCUGCGGGACAUCAACUUCGAGGUGCGAUGCCUGAACAACCUGCGCUUCCUGGACCUCGAACGGAAUCAAUUUGGCUUCGUGAAGCCCAGCGACAUGCGCGUGCUCAACGAGCUGGAGGAUCGCUCCAAUCGCACGGCCAAUCUGAUUGUCGACUUUAAUCUGAAUCCCUUCGUCUGCGACUGCCGCAUUGCGCCCUUCCGCGCGUGGAUCCAGUCCACCCGGGUGACGGUGCGCAAUAAGGACAGUCUCAUGUGCUUCCACUCGGGUGGAAGCUCCACGCGAGUGGAUCCGUCGCCCGCCCACAUCCUGCAGCUGGAUAUGGGAGAAUGCCAGGCGGCCAUUGCUGCAGCGGCCACCAUCUUGAAUGCUGCCGAGGAGGAGCAGCGGAGCUAUGGGGCGGAGCAGCCUACGGCGCACAUUAGCGGCCACACGGCCACGCUGAUCUUCCUGCUGAUCGUGCUGAGCAUGAUACUGCUGGGGCUGCUGGUGGCCCUCGUCUACGUGAGUCGCGACAAGUUGAAGUACAUGAUCACGCCGGUCUUCGAUAACGUGGCCAAGAAGGUUCAGUAUACGUCAAUUAAGGAUGAGGACUGCCCGGAGGUGCAUGUCUAGACUCUAGGCCCAUAUCAUCAUCAUAGUCCCAAAUGGAGACAGAUGGAGAGACAGAACCAGAACUCAGUUUCGUUUCGUUUCAGUGUUUAUUUUUUGCCAUUCGCGUUACACGCAAAGUGUGCCAUUGACAGCGGAAGGGGGAGAGCAGGCGGACAGAUCGAAUAUCAUUUGCAUCCGUGUAUCCCCAAAAACGUAAGCCUCUUGUUUUUCGUAGUACUUAAGCCACCAAUUGUUGCAUUUAACAAGUGGAGAUGCAGAAGGAUGAAGAUGCAAUUAUAAUUGCAAUUAUAACACACACCCACACACACGAACACAAUUUCUAUAGUUUUAGCGGUUUUCUAACUUAAACUUAAGUCCAAGUCUUGUUAUCUCUAUGAUUUCCACACUCGAAAAGGAACGUAGGAAGGAUGUUCAAAGCGGGCCUGUAACAACCGAUUUGAGCAGAGGAGAAGACCACACUUGCGUAUAUAGCAGCCUAUAUAUAAAUACAUACACACAUAUAUCGUAACAAACACUUUAGUGUUAUCUGUGAUUUAAGUUUAGUAGCUUUACUUUGUUAAAACUCUGCAGAACGCAACUUUUGCAAUGGAAAUUCAGCUUAAAAAUAUGUAUCUUCAAAUGUAAAACGUUUCGCUACUC